GUUAAUGUAACCACUACCACAUAUAUUUCUUUUAUAAUGGUUUAUAAACACAAAUACCAUUUUUUUUCUCUACUUAAUAAUUAUUGGGUCACUACUUGGCUUCCAAAUUCCAGCCAUGUCCUUCUUCUUUUGCUGCAAACAUCUCAUUUUCAUUUCCUUUAUCUUUUCUCUUUUGAUAAACAAUCAAUUAAUUGAAGCUCAAAUAAUGGAAAUGGACCCUAAUCUUGAUCAAUCCCUUCUCCCCUUCGGCUCAAUCGCUAAUAUCGGUAGUGGUUUCAUGAGAAGCUGCGGAUCAAUUCCAAGUGGCGGUUUCCCGACUUUCACUGUCCUCAAUAACUGCUCCUACACAGUUUGGGCCGCCGCUAACCCAGGCGGUGGCCGCCGCCUCGACAGCCGGCAGACUUGGUUCUUAAACCUACGUCCCACCGGCACAACCACAGGACGAAUUUGGGGCAGAACAAAUUGCAAGUUCGACAGCUCAGAGCGCGGAAGUUGCGAAACCGGCGACUGCGGCGGCGUUCUUCGGUGCCAAACCAACGGCUCACCACCCAAUACUGUGGCUGAAUUUGCCCUCAAUCAAAUCAGCGAUCUGGAUUUCUUCGACAUCUCUCUAGUCGACGGGUUCAAUAUUCCAAUGGAAUUCAGACCGACGUCCAACGGAUGCAGCAAUAGCAUCCGUUGCACCGCCGACAUCAAUGGGCAGUGCCCGUUGGCGUUGAAGGUGGCCGGCGGGUGUAACGGCCCGUGCACGGUGUUCCAGACGGAGGAGUAUUGUUGCAUUACUAACAGGGAGAAUUGUGGGCCCACAGGUUAUUCGAAGUUUUUCAAAGAGAGGUGUCCUGAUGCUUAUAGUUACCCAACGGAUGAUGCAACCAGCACAUUUACGUGUCCGGCGAUUGGUGGGACUAAAUACGACGUCGUUUUCUGCGCUCAUUAGUGGAAUGGACUAUGCAUUUUUUUAAAAAUUUAUAUGAUAUAAUAAUUAUAAUAUUAUAUAAUAACUAAUAUAUUCAUAUUCUGUUAUUAAUAAUGAUUUUCAAGUAAUAAUAAUUGUAAUAUUAUAUAAGAAAAUUAAAAUUGAACAACUCUUAAAUUACAUGGACCAAAAUAAUAUUAAUCUAAAUUAUUGAUAGUAAGUUUGUGUGAAUAAAUAUCAUUUUGUUGUGAAUUCGA